AUGGUUAUCGCAAUCGUUGUCGCCGCUCUCGCGGUGGCACUCAACGUGUGGCCAACGCACGGCGCCCCAAACAUCGUCGUCAACGUCACCGCCAUCACCGGCACCAUCGAGUCGGACUGGAGCGCCACGUUUUACUCGGAUCGCGAGCCUCUCCUGCUGGGCAACGACGCCGGGCCAGACACCGGAGGCAUCCGUGCAUACAGUCUCAACUCCGGCACGCCCCUGCGCGAGCACGCGUCGGCCGUCGUCGGCCGAACCAAGCUCGUCACGUCGGUCUAUGACGUGGGCGGCAAAGACUUGGCCAUCACCAUUGCCCAGCCGGACUCGGUCAUUCGCUUGUUCGAACUCCCGUCACUGAAGCUCAUUCAGGAUGCGCAGCGCCAGCAGCUCGGCGACUGGUCGGCACUGUGCUCGUGGAAGAGCAGGACCGGGAACCAGUACCUCUUUCUCUUCGGCAAGCGCCAGGCCGUGCAGCUGCUCGUGCGCGCGGACAAGGACAAGCUGGGCAUUUUCGAGGUCCAAACAUUCGCUGUGCCUUUUGAGGCGUCUGGCUGCGCAACGUCACAGCCGUCGUCAGAGAUGUACAUAUCCACCGACGACGACAAGGCUGUCUACGUCAUGCCGCUCCAGGAGUCAACUGCUGCGCCCAAGAUCUCGCGUGCCUUUGACGCCCCAGACGAUGUCACAGGGCUGGCCGUCUACGUGGCUGGCGCGACCAACACGAGCCACUAUGUAUUCGUGGCGGCCGAGGACUCCAUCGCUGUGUUCGACCACGAGUCAAGGCCAGUGGGUACCUUGAAGUUGUCGGGCUACGACGGUAUUGAGGUGCAAGGCCUUGAUGUAUACCAGGCAUCAACUUCGCUAUACCCACAGGGGGUCAUCUGCCAUGCGAUUGAGUCCAAGCAAGACACCGGAUUUGGCGUCACAUCGUUGGACGGCGUGUUGGCGAAGCUCGGCAUCCAGCCCAACACAAAGUAUGACCCCCGUCGUCCUCAAACAUGCCCGCGCAAGUCUCCUGUGUGUGGCGACUGUGGGUUCCAUGGCUAUUGUCGCAACGCCAGCAAGUCUGCCACGUGCGAGUGCUUUGCGGGUUUUGGAGGCUCCCAUUGCGAGAAGAAUACGUGCACCAACGACUGCUCAGGCCGCGGCAAAUGCGUCGGACCUAACCAGUGUAAGUGCGAGAAGGGAUGGGGCGGGAUCGCUUGCUCGUUUCUGCUCGUGGAGCCAUCGUUUGAAACAGACGCUGCGGGCGGAGACGGCGAUGACCCUGCCAUCUGGAUCUCGCCGGCGUCGCGAACGGACUCGCGCAUCAUCACCACGACGAAGUCGGAACAGGGCGCUGGUUUGUCGGUGUUUGACCUGUCGGGCAACUUGCUCCAGACCAUGCCGGCUGGUGAGCCCAACAAUGUGGAUGUCAUCUACUCCUUCGAGGCGGGUAGCCGCACCAUCGACCUUGCGUUCGCGGCCUGCCGCAAGGAUGACACUCUCUGCCUUUUCGAGAUGCUCCCCAACGGCACACUGGCAAACAUCCCCGGUGGCAUCCACCCUGUAGUCACUGACUUUUCCGUCUACGGGUCGUGCACCUAUCGCUCGCCCAAGAGCGGCAAGCAAUACCUGUUUGUCAAUGAAAAGUCGGCGAGGUACCUCCAGUACGAGCUGUCAUCUACGUCUAACGGGACCCUUGAGACGACCCUCGUGAGGGAGUUCAAAGGCGGAUCGGGCGGGCAGGUCGAGGGCUGCGUGACCGACGAGCAGAACGGGUGGAUCUUCCUCGGCGAAGAGCCCUCUGCAUUGUGGCGGUACGACGCCGAGCCUGACUCGCAGGCCACAGGCACCGUCGUGGCCAAGAUUGGAGACGGCCAUCUCUACGGUGACGUCGAGGGCGUGACGCUGGUCAUGGGGCGGGUUGCCCAGAAGGGCUUCGUCAUCGUGUCCUGCCAGGGAGUGAGCGCCUACAACGUGUAUCGCCGGGCGCCGCCGCACGAGUACGUCACGACUUUUACGCUCGUGGCGUCGUCGGAUGGCAAGGUGGACGCAGUGAGCAACACGGACGGUGUCACGGCCGUGGGCACGGCACUUGGCCCCGAUUUCCCCUUUGGCAUGCUCGUCACGCACGACGAUGCGAACCAGCUCCCCAACGGCUCAACGAGCGCCCUCGCAAGCUUCAAAAUCACAAGCUUGAGCAAGAUCCUGGGCGCAGAUCAGCUUAAGAAACUGAAACUGCUCGACGACGUAGACGCGAACUGGGAUCCGCGGGCGGCGAUUCGCACCAACACCGCCGCUGGCCUAGAGUAG